CCGGGUGCUCCAUCCUUCGCGGCGAGGGAGCUGCAGGAAAGGCGCUGUUUAUAAACUUAAACAGUUUUACGAAACAACAAAAGAACCGCAAAUGAUGACUUGUGUGGGAGGAGCUACCUGGGAGGAGAGACUACUGUAGCAUCGUCAGUCAGUCAUCACAGGCGGUUACAGCAGGGAGGUGGUAGACUCACCUGUUACAGGAUGGGUCUCCUAGGCUGGAUUCUCCCGCUUUCUCUCAUCCAUGGCAUCGUCGGCGUUUCUGUAAUAAGUCGCGCAGGUUCCGAAGGCGGUGAAGGCUACAGGAAACUGACAUCUCCUGUUGAUAUUCUCAAGAACCUGGAUACUGUCAGUCCUACAACGAAUAAAUGGCCAAGUGAGUUUCAGUCGCUGAAGAGAGUCUCAACUCUCCUCGAGAAUAAGUUCCCGGAGUCCACUUUGCCGCCCCCGCCCGCACGCCCACCCCGGCUGGAGAACGCGAAAGGAGUGCUGCCAGACAAGGCCCUUCUGCAGGAAGUGGCUGCUUCUGUUCCCUUGGCUUCCCGCCUUCCUCUGCCGCCGGGCUUCCUCACAGCGCCUGCAAUCGCCUCCGGGCCUCCUGCUUCGAAGCCCCGGUCGCCAGCGCCGCCUCUCGAUACCCACGCUGCAGAAGGAGCAUCGGAUCUGAAGGCGAAGGAGGAAGAAGACCUGCAGGAGGCCCGGGGAGCGUCCGCUGGCGAGAACCUCUCCCUUGAGGUCGACCCUUCGGAGAGCCAGGUGGCGAGGGCCGCCCUUGGGGUCUCCUUUGGCACACGCCUCGGCACGCCCCUGGCUACCAGUCGUCAGUUGCGCCCUCCGAGAGGCCGACGCCCCCGGAGAGGCCCCCAAAGGCCCCGAGGCCCGGCGAGGCGACCGACUGCCGUUCCGACGAGGCAGCGACCGCCCCGCCACCCUGAUAUAAGCGUCAUCCCACUGCAGCCUCUGGAGGCCGAGGGCAACACAGACAGCCUCCUGUCACUGAGGUUUCCGCCCUUCACCCACGACUUCCCUCCUCUCGCUGCCCCGCCCCCUACCCCGAGUGCCCUUCGCGGCGAGCCCAGCGGCACUCCUCCGACGCCCUUCCCUCGCGAGCCUCUCUCCCCUUUCAUCGCCUCCUUCGCCACCUCGACGCCCUUCCCUGCGGCUUCGACCCUGUCUGUUGCUCCUUCUCCUCCUCCUCCUCCUCCUCCUCCUCCUCCUCCUCCUCCUCUUCCUCCUUCUCCCGAGUCCUUCCCAGGUGCUCUCCCUCCUCCCCCCGAGUCCUUCCCAGGCGCCCCCCCUCCGAAGCCAGCAGGAGAGGACCUCUUCCCCCCUCAGGCGGCGCGACCCGAGCGACGGCCGCGGUUCCCUGCCCCCCCGCCCCGCCCGCGCCCCGACAGAGGGCCGAGGAGGCAGAGGAAGCCUUUGAGUGCCAAGCAGCCCAAGGCCGCUGAAGUGGCUGCGGGAGGAUCGCGGCAGCCCAAGAAGGAGGCCAGGCGCCCCCGCGUCGCCGCCCCGCUCGGCCACCCAGGACGCCGGAAUCGCCCGCCGGCCUCGUCCUUCUCGUCAGUUUGGGCUGCGCUUCAACAUGUCUUCCAGUCCCCACGAGGGUAGCCUCGGCGGCCUCUUGCCCGCAGUCGACCUCGGGAUCGACUCCGAGGUGGUCGCCAAGCCUCGCCCUCCGGGACCUCAGUACGCCUUCCUCGAACCUUACACUCACGUCACGCGCGGUCCUGCUUCGUCCUCCCAAGCGUCCCACUUCGACGGACCAGCUCAUGCGG